UCACAGGAAUAAAAAAACCUCUUUUUCUUAUAAUGAUGAAAAAUGCACAUAUAUCCACUCAAUGAAAAGAAAUCGAAACUGUGAGAAAACAAAUGACUGAAUACAACUGCGCACGGAAGAGCUCGAGGGCAUUCAACCAAAUAUGGUAGGGGCGUGUAACAGGAAGCAUAGCACUAGUAUAUUUUCAGCAGCGCGGUUUCAUUGCUUUCAUUUCCUCAUCAUGAGUUGCAGAGAGAGAUCUCGUCAGGCAAAGAGCCCUGACUCAACACAAUGUUCGGACUCUAGAAAGGAGAGGCGGGAAACCAUCAGGAGGAAAAAGAAAGAGGAUCCUCUGAAGCCAAACCAUGAGGAAGAGAAGCCGCCUGUGAAGGAAACCACUAAAGAAAAGGGCAAACAUUUGGCGAGGGAGCAUAGCAGGGAACAACAAACGCCUCCAGAGAAGACUAAAACCAAAAUCUAUUCCAGCAGGUCCACGUCAGUGAAAACACCUCCUUUGCAUAGAGACCUGGAAUCACAAGCUACAACAAUGAGGUCAGAGACAGCAAAGGCUUCUCUCAAGACCACUAAACCUAAAGCUGGUGGAAAGGCAGAGACCCUAACUCGCUGUACCAAGGCUGCAGGAAAGAUGGAAGGCGCACAACUUAAGGAAAAAAAGAUAGAGAAACCUUCAGGAGGAAAAAAAGAAACAACUGCUGAUAAGUCCUACGAUACUGAACAUGCUGACGAAACAAAGUCAAAGAUGCUGAAGACAAGAUCAGUUUCAAUGGAUUCUGUCCUACAGCCUACUUUAGAAAAACUGAAGAUUAGGGCAAAGGACAAAUCAGAUACGAGUAAAGUUGUUAAUGAUUUUAUAAAAAACCUAAUUAGGCAUUUAAAAAAGGAAACCAUAUGUUUUCAAGACGUAGACAAACCGCUGCACACAGGAAGUUAUUAUGAAUACCUUAAGAUCUCGGAUCCUGACGAGUUUGACGUUAUGCUUCCAAUGCCUGUUGAACAAGUUCAGAUUGAACCAUUUGGGGAAAACGGAGCCUUCUACAGCGUGGGAUUAAAACGUGGCAAUAGCCAUUUAAUAAAAUUCCAGCAGAAAGAUGUUUUAUCCGCAAGCGAAAUGCUUCACGAGUUCAGAAAAGAAGUGAAGAAAUUUGCCAAGGGAUUUCCAGCGUGGACGAUUGAGAAAAAAAAAGGAGGCUGCCCUGCAGUGACCUUGACCCAUAAAGUGGGCUCAGUCACCAUUUCCCUCGAUGUUGUUCUCUGUCUCAAAGUGAAAUCAAGCUGGCCGUCUUUCACCAGCGACGGUUUGAAAAUUGACCAGUGGCUUGGGACUAAAGAGAAACGGGAUUACAAACGGAAACCCUACUACCUUGUGCCAAAAUACGAAGGUAGAGGCAACGUGGAAAACGAUGGCGUUCUUAACAAAGAUGUCUGGCGGAUUUCAUUCUCUCACAUUGAGAAGGACAUUAUAAAGAAACAUGGAUCGGAGAAGAAAUGCUGUGAAAGAGAGGGAGCAAGCUGCUGCAGAAAAGACUGUCUGAAGCUCCUCAAGCAUCUCCUGCAUCUACUGAAGGAAAACAACCCUUCAUUUGCCAAGUUCUGCUCCUAUCACGCCAAGACGACGCUCCUGCACGCCUGCUGCUCCCGAACCAGAGACAGCGACUGGGGAGCGUCAGAUCUCAGUCGGUGCUUCGGCCUGCUCCUGCAAGACUUCGAAAGCCACCUGAGACACGGGGAACUCUACAACUUCUUCAUCCCCAGACAGAACCUUCUCUCUGGUCUAGGAAAAACCCGUUGCAAGGAUUUGGCAGACUGCAUCAAGCAACAACGAGAAAAUGGCUUCCCCAUCUUUGACACAUGUCUUCAAAAUCCGUGUUGAGCGAUGGAUUGGGGAAUUCUGAUCCGAGCACAACGUUCAUGUCAAAUCAAUUUCACUGAUGUGAGAGACUUUACAGGGUUUUUUUCCUGUAAAAUAAAUAAAAUAUUUGUUUAUUAAAUAUUUAAAGAGUUGGAUCUAUUGUUUCCACUAAUUCAACAUCGUCUUCCUCUCAACACUAUAUAAACACAUUUACAAUCACAGAAGUUAUUAUGUCAUAUAAAUCUACUUUUAAUAUUACAAAGGUUCAGGAGUUUAACAUUUGAAUGAAAUAUAUUCACGAUCGGCAGAUUAACCUACUGCAAUGGCCCAAACAAAAUAUGCUGUACAAGCGUUAGUUGUCCGCUUAUCAAUUUUUUCCCCCAGUGUACAAACUUGUACCAGAUGAGAUGUUAACCACUCCUAUCAAUACAAUCCCACUCAGGUCCUUGGUGGCUUCGCCUUAGUCAUAUCUUGUUCAUAUGAGGUGAAACUGGGUCUCUUUUUUGUACAAGUAAUGUUUAUUCGCUUAUAUUUUCUUAUAUAAUCCAUUGUACAUUAAUCCAUUUAACAUUAAACAUUUGUUUAAUGUUAAAGAAAUACCAGUUACACUAAUAAUAAAGGGAGAAAAAGUCAUCUUGUGACUGAUAUUUAUGCAAUGUAAUGAUUGACACUGUUUAGUUUUUACUAAAUUAAGCCAAAUAAAAAUUUUACAGUGUAGCCAUUUGCAUGUUUUGUGGUUGUCUAGCAACCAACUCUGCAAAAUGUUAUUUGGAUGGCAUAAAACAAUCUCAUAUUUUGAGUUAUAAACUGUCAUCAAAUUUAAAUGUUCUGGGAGUACAAUUUUCUUCAAACGUGACAUUGGCCCCAGUUUUGGCAUUUUAUCAAAGUUCACCGUUAUUCAGUUUACCUGUUUUUUUUGUAAUGCAUCACCGUCUCCUUCUCUUAGUGACCCAUCAGUUCUUUAUGCUGCUUAAUGUCUAUGUUUUUCUUUGUAAGAUUAUAAAAUUCAGAUUAAAGUAAUAAUAAAAAAAAGAAACUGAA